AUGGAGAACUGCACCAAAGACAACGACAUGCUGCAGAAUGGCAUUGUGCUCUUUCAACUGAUCAUCUACAUCCCAGUGCUCUCUCUGGGGAUCCCACUGAACAUGAUUGCCUUCUGGGUGUUCUGCUGCAAACUCAAGAGGUGGACCGAGACCAGGGUGUACAUGAUCAACCUCAUGGUCGCCGACAGUUUCCUGCUCUUUGCCCUGCCUUUCCUGAUAUAUUUUACCAAGUACAACCACCCCAUAGACAAGCUGUGUUUCACCAUACAGAACAUCUAUUUUACAAACAUGCCUAUGAGCAUCCUUAUCAUCACUCUGAUUGCGAUUGAUCGAUACAUUGCAAUCAAGUUCCCUCUAAAAGCAAAGAUUCUUCGAUCCCCACUGAAAUCGUCUUCUAUCUGUGGGUUUCUCUGGAUAACAGUGAUAAUUUAUUCCUACUUGCGUCCAAAGUUUCAUGAAAAAAAGGAACAAUUCUGCCUUCGGAAACAAUCUAUUCAACCUAAUUAUUCAUCGUUAUUCUCCAUUAUCUUUGGGUAUUUUAUUCCCUUAGGGAUUGUGAUUUUUUGCUCAGUACAGGUCAUCAAAUGUCUCAAAAAGAAGAUGGCCACGAGCCCUCAUGAGACAAAGUUAAUCCAGAAAGCAAUCCACAUUGUUUCUGUGAAUUUGUGUGUGUUCGUCAUAUGUUUUUCACCUUUCUACAUCACACUGCUCUUGCGGUUUGCAGUGGAUGUUGCUGGAGCUUGUUCUCUGCUCUCGGAAGUCAGAGCCUCUGUUCAGAUCUGUGCAUGCUUAGCAAAUUCUAACUGCUGUUUGGAUGCAUUUUGCUAUUACUUUGCAGCCAAGGAAUUUCAGGAAUUUCCUUCUCUGUUCCCCACUUGUAUAUCAAUGAGGUCCAAGGUGAGCCAAAGCCAAGAGCCACAGCCACCCACAGAUCAAGUCACGACAUAA